CUCUUUCUUCCCAACAUGCUCAUGGCUCCCGUCUGCGAGGCUCCCCAUCUUCACAGGCGGCCAAUCCAGCAAUAUAACGGCAAUUGAGUGUUGCCAUAACCAGUACAUCUGAAACCAUGGCUUCUGCUAAUUACGUAUGCCUCCCGACGUGUUGUGCGUGCGUGGUUGCUUGGUUUUAACGGAAGCAGAUGUCUCCCACUUCCUCGACAACAACGCCAACAUGGCACCAGUUUGAGCGGAAGGUUGAUGAGGUAAAGCCAUCUAAGACUGACAUUAACUAUCUUGUUAUGGACUACCUCAUCACAAAUGGAUAUCCAGCCGCUGCGAAGAAGUUCGCUUCAGAGGCCAACAUCCAACCCAGGGCAGAUGUAGAGGCUAUUCAAGAAAGAGUAGAAAUUCGCACUGCCAUUCACUCGGGGGAUAUCCAAGCUGCGAUCGAAAAGAUCAACGAGCUCAAUCCACAGAUCUUGGAUGAAAAUCCACCCCUGCAUUUUGCACUGCUACGUUUGCAACUUGUGGAGCUGAUUCGCUCGUGCACAUCUAAACCCGACGGAGAUAUCACUCCUGCCCUCGAGUUUGCGACAUCGCAACUCGCACCCCGGGCUCCCACAAACCCUCAGUUCUUGGAGGAUCUUGAGAGGACGCUGGCGCUCCUCAUCUUCCCCACUGAGAACCUUACACCUGCUCUAGCCCCUCUUCUACAUCCUGACUUGCGUAAAGAUAUAGCCACUAGCGUGAACGAAGCCAUCCUGCAGAAUCAGGGCGCUCGUAAAGAAGCACGAUUGCGCAAUCUGGUCAAGUUGCGUGCCUGGGCGGAACAAAAGGCCCGUGAAGCUAAGAAGGACAUCCCAGAGAAACUAGAUUUGGGCCUCAGCGAUAAUAACACCAAGGGUCAUAACGGCGCGUCUAACGAUACCUUGAUGGCCAAUAACGGAGACGUUGAUCCAAUGAUCUCUUGAUAGAUUUGGCCAGCGAGCUCGGCUAAUCAUACUGUAGUGCGAUAUCACGACCCAUUUUAAUGACUGUUACCACCGGCGUUGCCAACUAUAGCGAGGUGUUUGGCGCAGAUACACAUUGGCCAAGACGAUUGCCUAGAUACCUUUGUAGCAAACUUAUCUUAAUACAAAGUCACUACCGUUAGAUCUCAAACUUACAUACUUUGCAAUCUCAAUUGCUGAUGUUCUAUUUGCAUCCAACAACCUAGCCAUUUGUGUUUUAUCGGCGUUGAGGGCGGAUCUCGCUCCACCAAACCACGAUGUGCCGCAAUGAUGAUACAACUCACUUGUCGACGUCAGCCAGAAGUCGAUUAGCUUCGUGUACCUUUUAAUACUACAUAGUACAUAGCAAUGUAGAUCAUUAUAGUAUUGUGGGUUUUCAAGUCAAACGUAAGACUUUCAUGGCACUCGAUGGCAUUGAAUCAUGGUGACGAUAUGAUCGUCGAAAAAAAUUUGAACUUUGACUGACUAGGUUGAGUGCGGUGUAAUGC